UUAGCACUCCAUUUAGCAUCACAAAAUGGAAUUAUGGACAUUGUUUGUGAGUUACUACGCAGAGGAUCAGAGUCGAAUGCAGCUACUUCAGAUGGCAAUACAGCAUUACAUUUGUCAUCAAGCACUGGACACAAGGAAGUGGUAACUGUCCUCCUUGACCAUGCUGCAGAUCCAAAUGCAAAAAACGAAGAAGGCAAUACAGCAUUACAUUUAUCUGCAAGGAAUAGACACAAGGAAGUAGUUUUAGUUCUCCUUGACCAUGCUGCAGAUCCAAACGCAGUGGAUGCAGAUGGCAAUACACCACUAAUUUUAUCAGCUGGUAUAGGACACAAGGAAAUCGUUUCUAUUCUACUUGACAAAGAUGCAGAUCCAAACGCAAAAAAUGUAGACGGAUACACAGCACUCCAUUAUGCAGCUACUCAUCUUAAAAGGGAUAUAGUGUCAAUACUUGUUGUGAGAGGAGCUAAAUUAAAUUCAUCCACAACCGAUGGAGAAACUGCAUUAGAUUUGGUAUCCUAUCGUUGUCUUCCUAAGACCAACCGACGAAGGGAAAUGAAAAGCUUUCUUAAGGAGGAAAUACAGAAAGGUGAACUUCUGCAAAAGUUGAGAGGGUUAGGGUUUCAAACAGCUUCUGAUUUACAAGAUCUACUACUUGUUAGCUCAUUUAAGAGUUACUGGAAUAGGGUAUAUUUGGUGGGUCCAUAUUCUGUUGGAAAAAGUUGUUUAGCAAAAAUUCUCGUUGGUGAACCAGUUCCAGAAUCAAGAGAGUCCACCGAUGGCAUAUGGAUCUGCAUGGGAAAAGCUGGUAUGGAUGUGGAUGAAAUGAAAUGGAUAAAUUUUGAGAAGGGUCACGCUGCCACUGAGAUACUGACGACUAUGUUGAUGUCACUUUCAAGUGCUGAGGUAUCAGCCCAAACCCGUGUUGACAGUACAAAUGUCGAAACAAAACAUAGGACUCUUGAACCAAAACAAAAAUGCAAACAUCAAGGAAUAAAUGUAUAUGAAGAACCUUCCAAAUGUUCAUUAGUGAGUGCCGAGGCUGACAUGUCCAAUGCAUUAUCUCAUAAGCUAUCAGAGAGAGGAAUUACAGAUAAACCUGAAGACCUUGUUUUAUUCAGACGCAAAUGCAUGGAUGCUCAGCAAUCUGAAAAGAAUAUAAAUUCCGCUUUCUCAUUAAAUGUCAGUCAAGACAAAUAUGAUACCGAUAAUAAAUCGGAAGUUUUUUGCACUAAAAUUUCUUCCAAUGAUGAGAAAAAAACUGCAUUUAGAGUCGAUUCGAGUAUGAAAAGACUUAUCCAAGAAUUGCCUAUAAUUAAAGAGAGAAAUCGAAGCUCCACAGAAACAAUUAAGGUAAAGUCAGGAAACUUUGAAAGCGAAUGGAUGAAGGAUAUUUCUAGCGACAUGUCCAAAGACAAAAUACAUGAGUUAAUGAUCAAAGCAGUGAAAGAAGGGAAAUACAAACAGAAGAUAGUACCAAUAGAUAUUUGGGACUUUGGGGGACAGAAAGAUUAUCAUAUGACUCACCAAUUGUUCAUUACUAGCAGAGGUAUCUUUAUCCUGAUGUUCAAUGGAAGUAUUGGAAUACACAAACCCCAACCCGACCUUGGGUCUCUACCGGGACACUUUGGGAAACCAACAGUGGCAGUUUACCUUUUACAUUGGGUGAAUUCGAUCUUGACGUUCUGUAAACGAUCAAAAGAAGGUUUUCCUAAAAUCAUAUUUGUUGCUACUCAUAGGGACAUGGUAUCAUGGGUAUGGAAGUGGAGAUUCGAAUCAUACAGACACAAGAUUGAAGACGAAAUACAAACGCUAUUUAAAUCGCAUGCCGGCUGGAUGCAUUUAGAAUUUAAGCCGCUACUGUUCAUAAAUUCCUUAAAUCCUGAAGACCCAGAAAUAAUCGAACUACAACACCGUAUUUUAGAAAAAGCGACUCAGCAUCCACUAUGGGGGGACGAAAUGCCAACCAAAUGGAUUCCACUAGAUCUGCAGUUGACAAGGAAAGCUGAAGAAGGUAUUAAUGUCAUAACACGGAAGCAACUAAUGUCUUUAAAUUCUAAAAAUGAGUCAAUGGAGUUAUCUGAAAAGCAAAUUGAAACAUUUCUGGAAGUUCAACAUUCAAUUGGAAAGCUUCUGUAUUUCAAUGUAGAAAAUCUCCGUGACCAUAUCAUUAUAUCACCAGUGUACUUAGUGGAAGUUUUGACGUCAUUAGUGACAGCAAAACAGUUUUGGCCGAAAAGAGAGGAUUUUCCUAGAAUCUUGAAGAACCUGCAAACAACUGGAUACAUUGAUAAGAAGGAUAUAUAUUACUUGUGGACACAAGAGGAGUUCAUUCAUAUUCUGAAAUACAAGGAAUACAUGAUCGAUCUGUUAGUACAUUUAGAUGUAAUCAUCGCUCCGAGAACUAGCUUUGAACUUUCCAGUAGCCCAUUAAGAGAUGUUUCGCGUUUUCUUGUGCCAUGUAUGAUAACCAAAACAAACGACACAAAGUAUUUGGAAAAGUUUCGGAAUUAUAAUAAUUCAAUUGUCAUGGCCUAUAAAUUUAUAGAAGAAAUCAUACCGCCGGCAUUGUUAUACCGAUUCCUUGGCUCCAUUGUUACUAUGUGGCACGUAAAGAAAUAUGCAUGUACAGAGAGUAAUAGCGAAAAACCAAUGCUUUUCCGUGAUCUUUAUGUAGUUGAAACUGGCAACAGUCACGAAAUUGCUGUCCAGGUGAAAGGAAACAGAGUCGUGGUUUCACUUGUACAUACAGUGAACAAGGAGAAUAUUAUCCCAACUCUAGCUUCUUCUAUUCAAGAAUGUCUUACCACUUCAAUGCAUGGAGUUUGCGAAUUUUACUCAACUUUAUCUGAUUCUCAAACUAGUUCAGAACAUCAGCCAAUGCCAUUCAAAAUCGAAUUUGGUGUAUUUUGCAAGUCAGAUAUAUGUUUUUUUCAUCACAAUGAAAUACGUCUAAACUCGCCGUGGUUUUGUAGUCAGCACAGCAAGAAUAACGAAGUUGGAUUCCUUCAAGCUUGGUUUUCUGAAAAGGAACCUUCAGAUCACUGCCACAACAAUUGCAAAGGACUUGGGACAAUGACACAAGAACAGUGUCCAUCGGACAAACACCUGAGAAGACUGGUUAAAGAGCUAUCUCCGGGGAAGUGUCGAGAACUGGCAAUCGAACUCGGACUAGAAGUUCAUGAAUGGGAAAAUUUUGAAACCCAAUUUCAGCAUCAAAUUUCAGAUGAUUUUAAAUUCGUAGCAGUGCAGUCUUGCGCGGAAAAAAAUGAGAACUUUACAUUUCAUAUGCUUGUUAGUGUCUUGGAAAAACUAAAGCUUAGUCAUCAUCUUCUUUGUAAGGUUUUUAGAGAUGUGAAUCCAGUUGUGUCAGGUAUACCAGAAGUUACUUUGAACAAACCUCCAUCAAACAACGUACUUUUGGAUUUGUCAAACCAUAUUGGAAAUAGUACUAUGCAACUUGCCAUCGAGCUUGAUCUAGAUUCAUCUACUUUUCAACAAAUACAGUAUAAACAUAAAAACAAACUACUGGAACAGACUAAGGAGAUUCUGCAGAUCUGGAGUAAGAAGCAGCAACCAAAACCAACAUUGCUUUUGUUAAUUAAAGCUCUGCACAGAAUUGGGAAAAUGAGUGCAUUGAGAGGAGUGAGAUUUUAAAAUCGAAUUACAACAAACAUAAUGGAUAUCAAUGAAGUAUGAUAAUUCUGAUAAGACUCGCUUCAUUACUCUUAUUUUAUAUGUAUAUAUUGCUUUACAUUGCUUUGAAUGCAUAAAAAAAUCCCAUGAAAUAUUUUCUCAUUUCCUCAAAAUAAAGUUUUAUUUACUUUUUGUCGAUAUUUCAGUCCCCAGACAUACAUAUAUCGCUCUCAUGAUAUAUCAUUAAACUCAUCGACUGAAAACAUGUCGAUCCUUUGGCAAUUAAUAUUCUGUUCAAAUCUAAAAUAUUCCUUUGACAUAAAAAUCAUUAAACCCGCGGACAUGUUAAUCACCUGUCCUGUUAAUAACCUGACCUGUUAAUUACCUGACCUGUUAAUUACCUGACCUGUUCAUAACCUGACAUUUUAAUUACCUCACCUGUUAAUAACCCGACCUGUUAAAAACCUGACCUUGUCUUACACUGACCUGUUAACAACAUGACCCUGUUUUACACUGACCUGUUAAAAACCUGACCUUGUCUUACACUGACCUGUUAACAACAUGACCCUGUUUUACACUGACCUGUUAAUAACCUGAUCUUGCCUUACACAUUGACCUGUUAAUAACCCGACUUGCCUUACACAUUGACCUGUUACAUGUAAUUACCUGACCUUGCCUUACACUGGACCUGUUAAUAACCUGACCUUGUAUUACACUGACCAGGGUUGAGUUCAAUAUCGUAUCAGCUACGUAGCUGCUAUCAAUACUUAUGAAACAACUAGUCUAUAGCUUCACGUUCAAUAGUCAAAAUCUACGUAGCACUACGUAGCUGCUACGAUAUUGAACACAGCCCUGUUAAUAACAUGACCUUGUCUUACACUGACCUGUUAAUAACCUGAUAUUGCCUUACACAUUGGCCUGUUAAUACUCGACCUUGCCUUACACAUUGACCUGUUAAUUACCUGACCUUGCCUUACAGUGGACCUGUUAAAUACCUGACCUUGCCUCACAUGGUUUCUAUUAUACAUUGAACUGUUUCUUAAUUGUAAAUGGUCAAUUAGAUUUUAAAUGUGUCCCGGCGGUAAAACUCAGUAUAUAUCUAAGGAAAUGUGAUAUUGUAUGACUGUCCCUCCCACCUAUAGAUCAAAGACCAACUUGUAGGCAACCAUAGGUCACUGUAUGGCAAAACUCGUACCAAAUAGUAAUCUUUAAGAGGUCCCGUCAUGACAAAAUGUAAAAUGAAUUCAAACAAGAAAAUCAACUCCAUGAUUUAAAAGUUGUACAUACUAUAAUAGAAAUAACAAAACGAAAAAGAGAUAUGAUAAGCACAAAAAUGGUUUCAGAUCGUCGAGCUAAAAUUAAGGGACAUGAAAUGCCAAAUUUGUUCGCGAGGUUAUCUUUGGUGUUUCUCUUGUACCAAACCCUGAUCGUCCUUAAAGGCUUAAAUAAAGUGAAAGAUU